AGUCAAUUCAGUUAGUAAUUGAUAUUGGUACCUACUAAAACAAACCAAAUGGAACAGUGGAAAAAUAGAGUAGCGAUUGUUACAGGUGCUUCUUCAGGUAUAGGAGCAGCAAUUGCAAAGGAUCUCGCUAAGGCGGGAAUGAUAACUAUUGGAUUAGCAAGAAGGGUUGAAAAAGUUGAAGCUCUAAAGAAGGAUCUUCCACCAAAUCUUCAAGGAAAUCUUCAUGCUGUGAAAUGUGAUGUGUCGAAAGAGGAAGAAAUAGUGAGGGUGUUCUCUGACAUUGACGCAAAGUUCAAUGGCAUCGACGUUUUAAUUAACAAUGCUGGAAUUAUUCGAUACACGAAGCUUAUCAAAGCUGAUAACUCAAUCCCAAUUCGCGAGGUGGUUGAUACAAAUAUUUUAGGCCCUGUAUUUUGCACGCGAGAGGCUUACAAAUCAAUGGAGAAGCACGGAAGAAAUUCUCAUGUUGUCCAUAUAAAUAGCAUUGUGGGUCAUCAUAUAUCCUUUGAUCCCCAAUUUGAGGUCAACAUGUAUCCUCCGUCGAAAUUUGCAGUAACCGCCAUAACGGAAGUACAUCGUCAGGAAUUUAUUCGGAGUAAGCAUCACAUUAAAGUCACAUCGGUGAGUCCUGGAGCAGUUCGAACGGAAAUAUUGCCUGAAGAUGUUCUCAAAAGAUUCCCUGAUAUGCCACUACUUGAACCUGCAGAUGUGUCUCAGAGUAUUAUUCAUAUUUUAUCUACACCACCACAUGUUCAGAUCCACGAGUUAACCAUUAAACCAUUUGGUGAACAAUUUUAGUGGCUAUUCAAAGUGAAUAAAGAAUGAAUUCCGUCUUCUA